AUGUCUGAUUCGCAAAGUUCAUCCAAUAAAAGACGUACGACAGUAAAACGAAUAAAUUAUGAUGAAAGGAAGGCAGAUGCAGAAUUGGCUAAAAGGAUUAAGCAGUUAGAAAAGAGCAAGGUUAAGGGUAGUAAUAAAACAUCUGGGAAACAAAAAUCUCUUGCUUUUAAAUAUCAGAGGUUUCUUCAGGACAAGACAAUACCGUGGAAUUUUAUUCCAUCUCUUCCUGCAACUUUCAGAAAACACAGCAGGUUUUCCAAUAUUUUAGAUCUUGAUGAAGCUUUUGUAAAUAUCAAAGAGCAGGUGCUCAUGAAUUCAUCAAAUGUUAUUCUAAAGAAAAAUGAGCAUAUAUACAUGAUUUCAGAACCCCCAGGUGAGCCGUAUUAUGUUGGACGCAUUGUGGAGUUUAUUGCGAAGCCAGAAUUCCGUGAGAAAAUUAUUUCUGCUGUGCAAAUGGGUAUUUCGCAUGUAUUUCCUGCGAAGUACUUUCAAUUAUGUAUGAAUUGGUACUAUCGAGCUCGUGAUAUCCAAGAUAACCCACAUAAUGCCAACCCAAGGUUGCUUUAUGCCUCUUUACACAAUGAUAUUUGCCCGAUUCAGUCUUACCGCGGGAAGUGUACCGUAUUGCAUAAAUCAAAAAUUUCUAGCUCAAAUUUUGAAGAGUAUACAAUGAAGCCGAGUGUUUUCAUAUUUGAACAAUUAUUCGAUCGAUAUCUUCUGAGUUAUUACGAUGUCUGGAGUACAGCAGAAUUGUUGAAACUGAAUCCUAAAUCGAGCUACCUAAUAGGGUUAUCUGAAAGGUUUCCAUACGUCUUUACAGAGGUAAAGUACCCGUUGGUAAACUUUAUUAGAAAGUAUAUUCUUGCAGAAGACUUCACAUCUGAAAAAAGUUCCGAACUGUGGGAUCAGAAAUGUGGCCAUUGUAAGGAAUGGUGUGAGCCUGCGCAAACAAUUAGAUGCGACACAUGUAAAAUACCUUUGCAUUUAUACUGUUUGGACCCCCCAUUAGAUAGAAAGCCAGGUAAAGGUGUGUCCUGGAUCUGUUAUACUUGUGUUCUCAGACAAAACAAUGAAUCCAUUCAAGACGAUGAUUGUGGCAGUGAGCUUAUCAAACAACAAGCUUUGGAUCUGGAAAAAGCAGCCUACCCACAAAUUGGCAACGGUAUGAAUCGCCCUAAUUGCUGGUACCAAUAUUUUGGCUCUAAGCUGAUAUGUCAUUUAGAGGACUGCCUUUCUGUCGACAUGGUAAUUCCGUAUCCAUUAAAGUGUUCAAGGAUUGGAAGUAAGAACCAGUGGUCUGAAUGUAGUGAAUCUGAAUGGGUACCAAGACCCUAUUAUGGUGCUGAUGGUGAAAGAGGUGAAGAUUCUACUUCCCAAUUGCUAUGGGCAUUGGAUACUGAAAAAAUAUCUGCAGAUGAAGUGGACAACUACGUACAGCAUUGUAGCAAUGAACUGCCCAAAUCGCUAGGUAUUACUCCUCAAGCCACUAAUUUCCUAGAUAUGGCUAUGAAGGCAUUGGUUGACAAUCAGUACAAUUGUGAUGCUGGGUUUAACGAAUGUAAAGCCAAAAUGACAAGGGAUUCUCUGAAAGAACCUACAUUUACUAAAGAGGAGGUUAAGCGAUUUGAACAGGCGGUUGCAGAACAUGGUAGUGAACUUCAUCCCGUUUGCAAAAAAGUUAAAACACAGCCGAUGUCGAUGAUUGUUAGGUUCUACUACAUUUGGAAGAAAACAGAGAGUGGUAGGAGGAUAUGGGGUAACUUUAAAGGCAGGAAAAAGAAUGAAAAGGGGAUACAGCACAUCAGAAACGAGAACAAUGACAGCAGAAAAUCAAGGACAAGAAAACGAGGUAUUACUGACAAAACUGAAAACCCUGACAGGCAGUGGAGGCACGUUGAUGACUCUUGUUUUGACUCUGAAAAAAUCAACAAGGUAAAAGCAUCCUUUCAGUGCAUGUUCUGUGAUGUCGAUUAUUCACCAUUGUGGUAUAGAGUGACAGGAGGUUCUGAUGAUGAAAAUAUUCAAUCUAGAAUGAAAAUUGGCGUUAAUGAAAAGACAAUUAAUUCCGAUAAAUUACCAUCGAAAUUGGUACCGAGCAAUGAAGAAAAAUUAGAAGCUUUAUGCAUCAGAUGUGCACGCCUAUGGAGAAGAUACGCCAUAAGAUGGCAGCAACCUAUGGAGGUACUAAAAAAAUUGAACGGGACAAGUACAAAUAACCUACAAAGCAGUUUACUUCAACUGCUAGAUGACCCUAAUGACUCUAUAAUGAAAUCUUCUUCUCAGCAGACACAUUCGAAACAGGUGGAAUGGGAAUUAGUUCAAGAUACGGAGCUUAUUAUAAAGCAACGCUUUAGUAUGAUCUCGAAUCCAAUGAAACUAUUGAAGAUGAAACGGAACUGCAUGAGCAUGCACGGUCAACUUAAUAAGUCAGUCAAGAAAUUAUUAACUACCACUGGGUUCUCUAAUGGACAAAUGCAGGCUGAAUUAGAAAAUUAUAUCGACAAUUGUGCUGCAGAGAUUAGGAAGAAAGAACAAAGGAUCCAAAAGAAUUGCACAACGUUGCCAAAAGUUGAAAACGAAGACAAACAGGAUAAAUUAAUACAGGCUAUAAAUGUGGACCAUAAAGAUACCAUAAUCUGUAAACGCUGUGAGGAUGACCAGGUUGAUGAAUUACAUAAGGCUAAGAAGCCCAGAACCAACAUCCAAAAAUCACACAGUGGUUCAUCUAUUAUUUUACAAGUGCCGGGUAUUGCAGAUAAUAACGAAACCGAGCAAAUUACUGUUGACAGUCAGUUUGAAUAUAUCAGGAUUCCAGAAUCUAUACAUCAUAAACUUUUUGGUGAAAUGUUGCAGUCAAACAGCAUCAAUGGGUCUUUAAAAGCGAUGAAUGAUGCUAAAUUUAACACUAACAACCAACGUCCGUAUUUUGCCCGCACACAACCAAUGAAUGACAGCAAUAUACCUAUAGUUCGGCACACCCAGUGGUAUGAUGGAAUCCUGAAGGAAUAUAAUAAACUCAAUCCUCACUAUUGUAGUUGGAUUAACACUAAUUCGAAUGAUAUCAAUAGCGACACAAGCAAAACUUCUGGUAGGUCUAAAAUGUUAAUUUAUUCACCAAAAGCUGGCAGAAAAUCAAAGCCACCGCCAUCAAGUGUCGAAAGUUCAAGUGUAGCAGAUAUAAUUGAAUCGCGUGAUAUAUGUUGUGUAUGCAUGGAUAAAUUUGAUGGAUUAAACGAUGUAGAAUUGACAUGUUAUAACUGUGGUUUGAACAUCCAUCCAUGUUGCUACGGAGUACGGUUUGCACCUGGUUUUCCUUCGAGUGAUUACCCGUGGUUAUGUGAUCCUUGUUCAAAUGAUCGCAACCCGCUGGUUUCAACGAAUUAUCAAUGCUCACUUUGUCAUGCAAGAGAAAUCGAUCAUGACUCCUCUAAGCGCAAGGUAAGGAAAGCAGUACCAGAUGCAUUGAAGUUGGACGUGUCUGGCUCUUGGUGCCAUGUUAUUUGUGCUAUGUUUAAUGAAAAUGUAAAAUUUGGCCUAGUUAACAACUACCAGCCUCUCUACAAUGUGGGAGCAACGCUGCUCGAAAAUAAUGGGAAAAAGUGCGCCAUUUGCAAUAUGUUAGGUGGAGGUUUGGUGCAGUGUGAAAAAUGUAGUUUUGAAUUCCAUGUUACAUGUGCUCAAGACUCACCUAACUUUACUCUCUGUUUUAGAAGGUUUCAUGUCGAAAGUAACCCAGUUAUAUUGCCAUCAGUCGAAGAUAAUGGUGAAAGAUAUACUAUAAAACCAUCUAUCAUAUGCUCUCACCAUUCUUAUGAAGAAAAGUUCUCUAUUGAUACUCUACCAUUAUCUUACAAGUUAAAAACAGGUCAAACCUUGGUGAAAUACUUUUUGGAUAAUUAUAAAUCUUCAUCAGCAGUUAAUGGAUAUACAACUAUAGGGCUGAGAAUAAAUGAAUUUAACUUAUGGACUACUUACGGUAAAGAAAAAUCAAACAUAUUCUCUUUAGUGAAUAACACCCUGGAGGUUGAAAAACCUUCGUAUAAUAAAUGCAUCCAUUGCUCUACAAAGACUUCAAUACACUGGUUUGGUAAUAUAUGCCAUGGUUGUUUUAUUUCUUCAAAUAGAAGUUUAGAUAUCUGCGAUAUUGAUGAUGACAUUUUUCCUAUAGUGCAGAAUUCUGUCUCCCCAAGUCUAUGUGAAAAUCUACUGGAAGGCAUUGACACCAGUAAACUUUCUAUGGAAUUUCACGUCCAGCAGUCUACUAAAAUAAGGAGGAAAGGUGGAAGAUAUGGCAAGAGGAACCUACCUCGUCCGACAUUAGACACUACUAACGUUGUAGUUCAAACGAUGGGAACAAAUCUGCCGCUUGAAAGUAAUCAACGACUCAAUGGGCACAACAAUGAUAUGUCGAAUCGGAGAAUAUUGGAACAUGUGUAA